UCCGCUGCGGGUAACCCUUCACCCACCUCCUCUAACCCUUUCGUUUUCUCCCCCGAUUCUCCCCCAACACUCGCUCUCACACCCGAUCAGGUUAAGUUUUGUUCCGAAGCUCUUGAUGUGUUCAGAGAGAAGCUCCAGACGCCUCAUGUGAUCAACCAGGAGUUCGCCCGGUUGCAGGCCAAGAGAAUAACUGCAUAUGAUAUGAAGAGCAAGUGCUCUGUGGCUCUUGACAACGUCAACAUAAACAAAAAUCGUUACAUGGAUGUACUACCAUUUGAUGAGACUAGAGUUGUACUCGACUCAUGUAAGGAUUACAGACCUGCUGCAAGGGGUUAUAUCAAUGCAAGCUUUAUCUCGACUUCCUCCUCAAAAAGCAUUUCUCAAUUUGUUGCCACACAAGGUCCAUUACCACACACUUAUGAAGAUUUCUGGGAGAUGGUGUUUCAGUAUAAAUGCCCUGCAAUUUUGAUGCUUACUCGGCUAGUUGAUAAUUACAAGAUGGUAAAGUGUGGAGAUUAUUUUCAGGCUGAAGAUGGUCCUAGAGAUUUUGGUAAUAUAUAUGUUGUCUCUCAAUGGAUAAAAACUUCCAACUCCUCUCUUAUUCUGCGCCAUUUGGAGGUGAACCGUAAAGAGUUGGAAGAAUCUGUGGCUGUUUUGCAUAUUCAGUACGCAGAAUGGCCUGACCAUGGAGUUCCUACUGACACACUUGCUGUUCGUGAAAUGUUAAAGAGGCUGUAUCAUUUACCUCCCGAUCUCGGCCCAAUAGUGGUGCACUGCAGUGCAGGUAUUGGGAGAACGGGAACAUAUUGUGCAAUUCAUAACACAAUUCAGAGAAUCCUUGCUGGAGACAUGUCUGCUCUAGAUCUUGUCAGUACCAUUUCCACAUUUAGGUCCCAGCGAAUUGGAAUGGUCCAAACACUGGAUCAAUACUUUUUCUGCUAUACAACUAUCGUUGAUGAGCUAGAAGACCUUAUUUCUGUUCCACAAUAGAAGCUCAAAGCGGAUUUGGAUCUUGCUGUCUUAGAUGUAUAAAGAGCUUGCUGGAUUUUACCUUCAGCGUUGAUGAAAUCAUCAGCUAUCCUUCCAGGAAGCUCAUUUUCUUGAGCAGCCCCAAUUAUGAACACUGUUCAUUCUGGUCACCAUGAAUGUGCUAACCAACUAAUUAAUUCUCUGGAAACCUGUUGGUGCUCGACAAUGGAUAGAUUGCUUAAAAUGAACAUAAUUGAACCAUUCUGAAUUCAGUCAGUGAUUUUUCAGAUUCAAAUAUUUUGUGAGAAACAUUUGCCACCACCCAACUAAUUAUUCUUUUUGGGGUUUACUGGAUACUCCUUGCUCCAAAUUUCAUCUCCUUCAGUUUGCUAA